GCGCAUCCUCGCUUGGCGCGUGCUCAGGCCGCCAGCUACUGUGAGGCGGGAGCGCGCUAGUCGCGUAUAGUGCUGAAGAGAGGGGGACUGUGUUGUGAGGCGGAACUUGCGGAGCGGAUUUACUCCUAAACCGGGACUAGCAGCAAGUUGCGAAGGCCUUCGCUCGGCCUGGGCGGGAAGGGAUCUGACGCGCCCGUCCCGGGGCGCCAGCUCUGCUCCGCUCGCCGCCCCCGCGCAGACAUUUGGGUUCUCGGCGGCCCCGGCUCUUACAGUGCCACUGAGUUGGGGACCAUGAACUGCCGGGCCCCACCGCGGGCCCCUCCAGGCUGAGGGGUCUCCGCCGCGUGGGCUGCGGAGGGCGGACGACCCCGGCUGCCGCUGUCGGACCCCCGCGCCGCGCCCCGGAGCCCGCGCGCCGCGAGAGAGAAUGCACUCGCCCGUGGACCCCAGCGCCAAGCAGGCUCUGAGGAAAAAACCCCCCGAGAGGACCCCGGAGGAUUUAAAUACUAUUUAUUCUUGUCUUCAUGGGAUGGAGAUUUUAUCAAAUCUCAGGGAACAUCAGCUAAGGUUAAUAUCUGCAAGAGCACGGUAUGAAAGAUAUAAUGGCAAUCAAAUUCUGUUUUGCUCUGAAACCAUUGCCAGAUGUUGGUAUAUUCUUCUUUCUGGAUCCGUAUAUAUGAAAGACUCUAUAAUUUUUGCUCCUCAAAGUUUCGGUAAACAGUUUGGUGGAAAAAGAGGAUGUGAAUGUCUUGUAUUAGAACCUUCAGAAAUGAUUGUGGUAGAGAAUUCCAAAGAUAAUGAAGAAGACCUCCUCCAAAGAGAAAUUGCUGGAAGACAAUCUCGAAGAAGAUUUAGAAAAAUUAACCACCGGGGAGAAAGACAGACAAUCACUGACAAUGUGGAUGCUAAUACUUACUUUACUCUUCCAGCAGAUCUUAACAAGUUGCAUCUUACAGAAAACACUCAUCCCCAAGUGACUCAUGUUCCUUCUAGCCAGUCUGGAUGUAGCAUUGCCAGUGACUCAGGAAGCAGCAGUUUAUCUGAUAUCUACCAGGCUACAGAAAGUGAGAUAGGAGAUGUGGAUUUAACAGGUCUCCCUGAAGCACCUGUUGAUUCUGAGGAUGAAGAAGAGGAAGAUGAAGACAUUGAUCGAACAGCUGAUCCAUUACUGGGGAGAGAUCUUGUCCGAGAAUGUCUGGAAAAGGAGCCUGCAGAUAAAACUGAUGAUGACAUUGAGCAAUUAUUGGAAAUUAUGCAUCAGCUCCCUGCCUUUGCAAAUAUGACCAUGUCUGUAAGAAGAGAACUUUGCUCAGUUAUGAUCUUUGAAGUGGUAGACCAGGCUGGAGCUGUCAUUCUUGCAGAUGGGCAAGAACUUGACUCAUGGUAUGUCAUUUUAAAUGGAACUGUAGAAAUCAGUUAUCCUGAUGGAAAAAAUGAAAGCCUCUGCAUGGGAAAUAGCUUUGGAAUUAUUCCUACUCUGGAUAAACAAUACAUGAAUGGAGUUGUGAGGACCAAAGUAGAUGACUGUCAGUUUGUAUGUAUAGCCCAGCAGGACUACUGGAGAAUCUUGAAUCAUGUAGAAAAAAAUACCCAUAAAGUUGAAGAAGAAGGAGAAAUUGUUAUGGUACAAGAGCACAGAGAGCUGGACCGUAGUGGAACUCGAAAAGGGCAUAUUGUCAUUAAGGCAACACCUGAACGACUCAUCAUGCAUUUAAUAGAAGAACAUUCAGUUGUGGACCCAACUUACAUAGAAGAUUUUCUGUUGACAUAUAGGACAUUUCUUGAAAGCCCUUUAGAAGUUGGGAAUAAACUAUUGGAGUGGUUCAAACUUGACAGCUUGAGAGACAAGGUUACACGAGUAGUGCUUUUAUGGGUAAAUAAUCAUUUUAAUGAUUUUGAAGGAGACCCUGCUAUGACUGGAUUUCUAGAAGAGUUUGAAAAAAAUCUAGAAGAUACUAAAAUGAAGGGGCAUCUCCGUUUAUUAAAUAUUGCCUGUGCUGCAAAGGCUAAAUGGAGGCAAAUUCUUUUGCAGAAGACUUCCCGGGAAUCCCCACUUUUUUUCAGCCUCAGUGGAGGAAGUGAAGGGUUUGGUAUUUUUGUGGAAGGAGUAGAACCAGGCAGCAAAGCUGCUGAAGCUGGACUUAAACGUGGUGACCAGAUAAUGGAAGUUAAUGGACAAAAUUUUGAGAACAUUACAUUGGGGAAGGCUCUUGAAAUAUUAAAGAAUAAUACUCAUCUUUCUCUGACUAUAAAGACGAACAUCUUUGUGUUUAAAGAAUUAAUUAGUAGGACAAAGCAAGAAAAAAAUGGUGUUCCUCAUAUUCCUAAAAUUGCUGAGAAGAAAAGUAAUCGCUACUCAAUCCCUGAUAUGCCUGGAGAUAUGGAACAGAUAUUUCCACAGGAGAAAGGAAAUAAAAAAAUUAAAGCAAACACUGUUUCAGGUGGGAGAAACAAAAUAAGGAAAAUUUUGGAUAAAACACGAUUUAGUAUCUUGCCUCCCAAAUUAUUCAGUGAUGGCAGUGUGAGCCAGUCUCAAGAUGACAGUGUCCUUGGAACAAGGCAGUGUAGGCAUAGUCUAGCUAUCAUGCCCAUUCCUGGAACUCUUUCCUCAAGUAGUCCUGAUCUCCUGCAGCCUACAACUAGCAUGUUGGAUUUUUCCAAUCCAACAGAUAUUCCGGAUCAAGUUAUAAGAGUUUUUAAAGCGGAUCAACAAAGUUGCUACAUUAUCAUCAGUAAGGACACCACAGCCAAAGAAGUCGUUUCCCAUGCAGUGCAUGAGUUCAGUUUGACGGGGGCCCCUGAGACAUAUUCCCUUUGUGAGGUUUCUGUUAGUCCUGAGGGUGUUAUAAAGCAGAGAAGACUUCCAGAUCAGUUCUCCAAAUUAGCAGAUAGAAUUCAACUAAAUGGAAGAUACUAUUUGAAAAAUAACAUGGAAACAGAAACCUUGUGCUCAGAUGAAGAUGCCCAGGAAUUACUUCGAGAAAGUCAAAUAACCUUAUUGCAACUUAGUACUAUCGAGGUAGCAACCCAGCUAUCAAUGAGGGACUUUGAAUUAUUUCGAAACAUUGAGCCUACUGAGUAUAUUGAUGAUCUUUUUAAGUUGAACUCCAAAACAGGAAAUACUCAUUUGAAAGAGUUUGAGGACAUUAUAAACCAAGAAACAUUCUGGGUUGCAUCAGAAAUUUUGACCGAAUCAAACCAGCUCAAAAGAAUGAAGAUUAUUAAACAUUUUAUUAAAAUUGCUCUUCACUGUCGAGAAUGCAAGAACUUCAACUCCAUGUUUGCAGUAAUAAGUGGCCUGAACCUUGCACCUGUUGCCAGACUCAGAGGUACUUGGGAAAAACUGCCUAGCAAGUAUGAAAAACACCUGCGAGAUCUUCAAGAUCUUUUUGAUCCAUCUAGAAACAUGGCAAAGUAUCGAAAUAUUCUUAGUAGUCAAAGCAUGCAACCGCCAAUUAUUCCAUUGUUUCCUGUUGUCAAGAAGGAUAUUACAUUUCUGCAUGAAGGAAAUGAUUCUAAGGUCGAUGGCUUAGUAAACUUUGAGAAACUAAGAAUGAUUGCCAAAGAAAUCCGUCAAGUGGUCCGAAUGACUUCUGCCAAUAUGGAUCCAGCUGUAAUGUUCCGACAAAGGAAGAAGAGGUGGAGGAGUUUGGGGUCAUUGAGUCAGGGCAGCACAAAUUCAAACAUGCUGGAUGUUCAGGGAGGUGCUCACAAAAAACGGGCCCGCCGAAGCUCAUUGCUGAAUGCUAAGAAGUUGUAUGAGGAUGCUCAGAUGGCCAGGAAAGUGAAGCAGUAUCUUGCCAACCUUAAUGUGGAAACCGAUGAGGAAAAGUUCCAAAUAAUGUCACUGCAGUGGGAGCCUGCAUAUAGUACUUUGAACAAGAAUUUAAGUGAGAGACGAUCAACAAAAUCAUCAGAAAUGUCUCCAGUGCCAUUGAGGUCAGUUGGUCAAAUCACAAAAGCCCAUCUGCAUCAACCAAACAGAAUGAGCCAAGUACUUCAAGUUCCUGCUGUUAAUUUGUACCCCAUUAGGAAAAAGGGUCCAACAAAAGAUCACAUUGCAUUUGGUCCAAGUGCAUCACAGAAAAUUGUAGGAAUGUCUGAAGAAGUGAGUGGUAAGAAACCAGCAGAAGACACUUUAUCAAUGGCAUCAUCUUUGCAUUCUAGCCCUCCUGCAUCUCCUCAAGGUUCCCCUCGCAAAGUUGGCAAUAUCAGAUCUGAUCAUGGCAGCCAUCUGCACCUUUAUGGGCCCUCCUCAAGCCCUACCAGUGAUACCAGCACCAAGACCAGUGGCAUUCGAAGCUACGGAAUAGGUUAUGCUCAUAUACCAUCAGCUAAAUCCGAAAACUUCUCAGACUCAAGCCAUAGUGAGAUUUCAUCAAGGUCCAGCAUCGUGAGUAAUUGUUCUGUUGACUCAAUGUCUGCAGCUCUACAGGAGGAUCGAUGCUUACCCCAGUCUCUAAGCGGCGUAGAUUCAGUUGGAACAGCAGAAAAGAAAGAAAACCCUCCAGUAACAACUGACCACAUUCAGCAUGUGGCUGGAUGGACACUCCCAAAGCCUUCUCUAGUCAAGGGUUUAGCUGUUCCAUCAUCUGUGAGUACUGAGGAGAUUUCUCAUGAUCACAUUACCAUAGAAGCAGUUGACAGUGGCCGUGGAAGUUGGACUUCAUGUUCAAGUAGUUCCCAUGACAACUUUCAGAAUAUUCAGAACCAGAAGAGCUGGGACCUUUUGAACUCUUAUCGGCACACUCAUUUGGAUGUCCCCAUUGCUGAAGUGGAACCCACAAACUGUGAACCUUAUUUGUAUGCAGAAGGCUACACUCUGACAAACUGUCAGCCUAAAGAUGGCACAGAAUGGGUGCAGUCAAGACAAAGCUGGGCCUCCUCAAGCUCUCUCUCAGACACAUAUGAAACAAACUAUGGGACAGUGAAGAGAAGAGUGGUAGAAGAUUCCACUGUAGAGCCGGAUGAGACUUUGGACUCUCAUGCUAGCACUGAUACCACAUACAAAACAGUUACGUCCAGUACAGAGAAAGGCUUGAUAGUGUACUGUGUCACCUCACCUAAGAAGGACGAUAGGUAUAGGGAGCCACCUCCCACCCCACCAGGAUACAUGGGGAUUUCUUUAGCCGACAUAAAAGAAGGACCACCCCACCACCCACAUUUAAAACCUCCAGACUAUAGUGUGGCAGUACAGAGGUCAAAGAUGGUACAUAGCAACCUCUCUAGACUUUCAUCAGCCUCUCUCGGUAGUGAACCCAUGGCCUGUAUUUCAUCGAAGAUCCCAUCUCAGCCGCAGUGGCAUAUUCUGCAGCCAUCCCAUCCUAAACUAGCCGGUGUGACUGAUGCAGAUAGUGAAGCAGAUGAAAAUGAACAAGUUUCAGCAGUCUAAUCUUUGGGGAAAUCAUCUUGAAAACAAGUUGAAAUCAAAGUCUCUGGGGGAAAAAGGACCAUAAGAAGAGUCUGUUAGCUAAUGCUAACAGCUUGCUGCUACUACACUAAGAAGUUUUUAGUGCCUGUGUUAUGAGCAGUGAUGUGGACCUGGCUGAAUCGUGCCUCUGUCACAUCUAGUCUCAACAGCCUGUGAGAUCCAUACUUAUAUAUGACAGACCAUAUAGUCUGCAAAACUCAUUGACACUGUACAUUGAUAUAAGUGUAAUAAGUGUCUAUCUACACACUAGGCCUUCCUUGGGAUAAUCAAUUAUGAGAACUACUUAAAGUGUAGAAAAUCAUGUUUAGUAUCAUAUAAUAUUUCUGUGGAUUUCCCUUGAAAGUUACUUUAAGGUAGCAGUAUGGUUUUCCAGCCAAGAAUGUUAAUUUCAUGGACAUAUAUUAUUUUCAUGUCCAUAUUCAUGCACAAAGUCACAACUUCUGCCAAAAACUAAGGACUUUGCAAUGGUGUUUGAGUGAUAAUUUAUUAAUUAAUUGAGAGUUUGUAAAGUUUUCUUUAUAUGUGUUUGAGUGAUAUGCUCUGGUUGGCUAAUGUGUAUGUUUAGAAGGAAAUAAAAAUUAGACUCACUUAUUUAAUUGAGUCAUAGGAUAAAUAUAUUCAUAGGAUAACUAAACAAGUGUCCUUUAAAGAAAACUUGUGUUCCUUUAGGAGGAAAUCAAGGAAUACAGAUUAUGGCAUUUUAAAAAAUUGCUAUUAGAAUUGAGGGAAAGUAUAAUCUGAGUGGAAUGGGAACAGUUUUUUGUUUGUGGACAUUGAUCAACAAAAAUGUUUCCAUCUAGCAGUCCCAGUUUGGCAAGUUAGGUAAUUAUGUCUUUUUGAAUACUUACUCAGUAAGUAUUUAUUAAAUACCUACUAUGUGCCAAGCACAGUGCUGGGCCCUGGGGAUAGCAAAUACAGUGGAUAAAACAAUCACUAAUUUGUAGGGAUCUUUUAUUUUGAUGGGAGGAAAUCAUGUUGAGGUCUUAGAAAUCCCAAAAUUAUUAAAAUGGUGGUAUUCAAAUGUGUGAAACUCAUCUCUCUGACUAAAAUGCUAUAAGCUUAGUUAAAUAGGACUCCAUUGUUUCUGAAGGUAAAAAGCAGCCUGGUAAAUAUACUUUAACUGGGAGUAUAAAACAAAUUGGUUAUAGGCUUGAGUUGGGUGUUUGUAUUAUAUGGCUUUUAGCUAAUCAUUUUAGGUACCUACAGAGAAGCAGGGAGGGGAAAUGUUACCUACUAAGCCACUGAGUGCUAUAAAAUUAUUUGUGAAAUAGAACUGCUGCAAUUUACCUAUUUCUGAUGCUACUAAUAAUUAUCAUUGGAUUAUAUUUUACAGGUGUAUGUGCUUAUAUGACAGCAGUCUCACUCUCAGGUGGUCUAUUUUUAAAAAUUUAGCCAACCAAAGUAUAUGCUCAUUUAUUAUUUGUGAGAGAAAGGGGAAACUUGAACACGGGGGUGUAAAAAACAAACAUGUCUUUUUUUCCCCAGUGUAGCACUCAAGGAUCCAUUCCAGUUAUUUAAUUGGGCAUGAAUGUGUUAAUAUAGAUUUGAACAUGUAAUUGUACAUUUCUGUGACCUCAUUAUUUACAAGGUGGGCUAGAUUUUUAAUGUUUUUUAAGCUGGGUAAAAUGUUUUCUACAUCUUAAGUUAAAAGAGUUUUUAAAAUUAUUUUAUAUUAUUUCAAUUUUAUAGUGUGUAAGGUAAGUAAAAUAACAGUCAGAAAGUUACAUGAGUACCAAAAAAAAAAUUUCCAAAGCCAAUUAUGUGCAUUACCCAAAUGAACUUUGGGCAGAAAUUGGUUCACAUUUGAAUGUGUGUUGUGUCAACCUUGUUUUCAUCUGGGUCUUGUGUAAAUGCUACGUUGCCCUCUUCUCUCCCUGUCUCUCAAAAUCUCAAGUCAGUACACAGUUUGAAAGUAAUGACGUUUGUCUCUUUCCCUUUAUAUGACUUAGAAUUAAUCUUAAGAAAAGCAACAGAGGAAUCCAUGUCUAAAAAAUUGUUUUGUAGAAAACAGAGCUGGUACCUGGAGCUUACAUAUUCUUUCUCAGAGUGAAGAAUUCUGGGUUAUUUUAGCUGCCUCAGUAAGAACUUGACAGAAAUAGCUUUUUUUGACCUAAUGGAUUAGGGAUAACAUUAAAAAGUAAUAUAGGAAAUAAUUUAUAUGCUUUCAAAAAUGUACCGUAGUCAUCUGACUUGUAAAGAAUUAGUAUUUAAUCAGGAAGUUGUAUAUGUAUAUUGCCUGAAAAGUGGAAUAUUUUUUCUUUCACAGAUAUUUUUUGCUCCUAGAUUGUGAAUCACUUGCCAUAGCUCACAAAAACACAACACAAAGCUGUGUUUUUUCCUGCAAGUGUCUUGUUUAAUUGAGGUGCAAUAUUCAGUAACCUGUUUUAUAUCCAUUCCCCAUGUUAGACCUGGGGUUUGUAAAAUCUCUUUUUCUUAUUCAGUAGGCUUUUUCAUGUGUUAGGAAAUCUGAGUAGUUGUUUCACCUAGAUAGAAGGUGUUUUAUGUAAAUCAAGAUAGUCACAUGGAAGGGACUGAGAAGUGGCUGACUUUUUCUGUGCUUCUGACUCGGGGUGGCUUGUUUGCUGCCAGGCCCAGCUGUGCGAGUGUUAGGGAUUCCAGUGAUCACAUUGAUCAGAGGACAUAAAUGUGUUGUGGUUAUAUGUCAGUUGAGAAAUAAGUAUUCUGUUUUUUCUUGAAUUUAAUUGUAGGUAUUAUGUUGGUUUAUUUGUCACAAAAGCCAUAGUGAGAGAAGCCACUGACCUUGUAUGUCCUUUAUCCCCUUUCUGGUUUCUUUUGACUUUUCCCAAAUUCCUAACUUUAGUCAAGUUCUUUACCUUCCUCUGGAGCACUGAUAUUUGGUGGAAGUGCUUUAAAAAUCCCUGAUGUGCCAAAUGAGGCCAAGAAAGCAAUUUCAUUUCAACCAAAUAACUUCUUAAAAAUAAAGAUUUAAGAAAGGUAAUUCCAAAAGAUAAUUUUACUUUAAGAUUGAUAUAAUUAGUGUUCAUUUUUCUUCUGUACAUUUAUUUUCAAUAAAAGUGGAUGCUCUAUAUUUGGAAAAAUGACUGAUUAUAAAUACUCUUUAUACUCUUUAUUUAAUACUUUUAUAUAAUAAAAUUAGUUUUAGCAGAGAGUUUGUUAAAAUUGAAAGGUAAAUUUAAUAAUGUGCUAAUGUGAGAGUAGUAGGACUUAGGGAUGACUCUUUCUGGCUGUGAAGAUGGAUCUAAGUAAGGCCUCCUUAUAAUCAUGUAGAUUCCUUAACUUGCAAGAUUGAUUAGGUCCUUGAAAAGCAUUUUCUACCAAAUCAGGAAGGGAGGGAAAGCAUUCUUAUUUCUUUUAUUUUAGAGCAAUUUGAUUGCAAUAGACUGAGAGAAAUUUGGUUGUCAUUUUAAGCUUUAUUGAGCAUUAGAAAUAGUUCUAGAGAUCUAUUAACUUAAACUGAUUGGGAAAAAAGGGAUAUUCUGUUUAGAAAAGCUUCCCAAUAUAUUUAAAAAUUAAAACUUGAAUGCCCAGUUGAACUUUAGCUUAGGUCGUGCUUUUUAUGGCUGUCUUUAUUUUUGAUACAAUGGAAUGCAGUUUAACUUGGUAUUAUAAAUUCUAACUAUGUGAGGAUAUUGGCAAAAAAACAAAAAACAAAACAAAAACCCCUGCACAUUUGAAAUAAUAUUCCAAUAGCAACUGUACUGCACAAUUCAGUGAUUGUAAAGUAUUCUGUAACAAGCAAUGUUUGUCUCCUAUAUUUUGAUACCUCUUACACUUAUGUCUUUUAGAAAGACAGUGCCUCUGUAUGCUUUUUGUAUUUUUACUGAGUGAUUGUAAAUAUUUGUUAUAUUUUGGUUAAGAGAAUGUUUAAAAGUAAUGUUUAUUAUCCAAUCUACUAAUAUGUUGUUGAAAACAAUAAACAAUAUAUAUAUACA